UGUCAUGGUUCCUGCCCUGCCCCGCCCCCCGAAGGCGAAAGGGGACAACGAAUCAAACCCACGUUAAAAAAGAAAGGGGCGCGAACGUGACGAGGAGGAGGACAACCUCCUGUCAACUUGCCCUCCGGCUCCUCCGGUUGUCACUCCCCGCCGCCCGGCAUGUUCGUGUACCCUCGGCGGCCGUCAGCCUAAAGAUGCAGGGGGAGGACAUGGAGGUACCUUUGCUGAACAACCUCAACGACAACGGCGACAGGCUGAGGUCGAAAGGGAAAGAUGUGUUCAAGGACCAGCAGAAGGAGUCGGAGAGCUCCAUGGAGUCUCCCAACUUGGAGUUUGAAUACGGAGACACGGACACGCUAAUGGCCGAACUCUCAGAACUUUACAGCUACACAGAGGAGCCGGAGUUUGCCUUGAACCGAGACUACUUUGAGGAGGACUUCAGAAGCCAUGACCGAGGCCGCAGGUGGAUCGAGCUGAGCGCGGACGAGCAGCGCGCCUACGUGAUGAGACUCCUGGAUGACCUGGAGGUGACCGACAGGGACAAGAGGCUGAAGGUGGCCCGGGCCAUCCUCUACCUCGCUCAGGGAGUGUUUGACGAGUGCGACGCGGAGGCGGACGUGCUGCGUUGGUCCAGACACAACGUCUUCCUGCUGUACGACAUGGGCAUCUUCACCGCGCUGCUGGAGCUCCUCAGCAUGGAGAUAGAUAACAACCAAGCGUGCAGCAGCGCAGUGAGGAAGCCCGCCAUCUCUCUGGCAGACAGCACAGAGCUCAGAGUGCUGCUGAGCAUCAUGUAUCUGAUGGUGGAGACCAUUCGGCUUCAAACGGAGGACGACAGACCAGAGUGGAGAGCGGCCAGGGAGGCCUUCAAGACUGAGCUAGGUGCGCCUCUGUACAACGGCGAGCCUUUUUCCCUGCUCCUCUUCACUAUGGUAACCAAGUUCUGCAGCAUGAACGCACCACAUUUCCCCAUGAAGAAAGUACUGCUGCUCUUAUGGAAGACCAUCCUGUUCACCCUGGGGGGGUUCGAGGAGCUCCAGGAGAUGAAGGUACGAGGCCGCGAGCGUCUUAACCUGCCCCCGCUCCCCGAGGACAGCAUCAAGGUGGUGAGGGCCAUGAGGGCCGCGUCGCCCCCGGCCUCCGCCAUGGAGCUCAUCGAGCAGCAGCAGCAGCAGAAGAGAGGGCGGCGCAGUCGAAGGAGUGCCUUUGUUGAUAGCUUGGAAGGAGACAGUCCCUUUCCCAAGAAGCAGCCGCUGGUCAAACAGGACAGCUUGGACACGUACAACGAGCGAGACCCCUUCAAGAACGACGACGCCCGCGAUGAGGAGGAGGACCCCGAGGACGCCGACAGCGGCAUCGAGGGCGAGGUGGACCCCUUGGACCGCGACGUCAUCAUCCAGCCCCCGCCUCCACCGCCGCCUCUUCGGCCCCCGACAGAGAGGGUGAACUUCCCCAAGGGCCUCCCUUGGGCUCCGAAAGUCAGGGAAAAAGAUAUUGAGCACUUCUUGGAGACAAGUCGAAACAAAUUUAUCGGCUUUACUCUGGGAAACGACACCGAGACCCUUGUAGGCCUGCCAAGACCCAUCCACGAGAGCGUGAAAACUCUGAAACAGCACAAAUACAUCUCCAUCGCUGAGGUGCAGAUGAAGCGUGAGGAGGAGCUACAACAGUGUCCACUCAGCCUGGGCGAGGAGGACGUGGACGAGACGCCUGCAGAAACGAUGUACUUGGGGAUGCUUCCGAACCUCUCCCAGUAUGUGAUCGCACUCCUUAAGCUGCUGUUGGCUGCAGCGCCGACCUCCAAAGCCAAAACGGACUCCAUAAACAUCCUUGCAGAUGUGCUGCCUGAGGAGAUGCCAAUCACCGUCCUCCAAAGCAUGAAAUUGGGGAUUGACGUCAACCGCCACAAAGAAAUCAUCGUCAAGGCCAUCUCGGCUCUGCUGCUGCUCCUCCUCAAGCACUUCAAGCUCAACCACAUUUAUCAGUUUGAAAUAGUCUCCCAGCACCUGGUGUUUGCCAACUGUAUCCCACUCAUCCUCAAGUUCUUCAACCAGAACAUCAUGUCUUAUAUCAGUGCCAAAAACAGCAUAUGUGUGUUGGACUUCCCCCACUGUGCAGUCCAUGAGAUGCCUGAGCUCACCGCUGAAAGCCUGGAGGCGGGAGACAGCAACCAGUUCUGUUGGAGGAAUCUGUUCUCCUGCAUCAACCUGCUUAGAAUCCUCAACAAGCUGACCAAGUGGAAACACUCACGGACAAUGAUGUUGGUGGUUUUCAAGUCGGCGCCCAUCCUGAAGAGAGCGCUCAAAGUCAAACAGGCCAUGAUGCAACUGUACGUGCUGAAACUGCUGAAGAUCCAAACAAAGUACCUGGGCCGCCAGUGGAGGAAGAGCAACAUGAAGACCAUGUCGGCCAUCUACCAGAAGGUCCGCCACAGACUCAAUGACGACUGGGCCUACGGGAAUGAUAUCGACGCACGGCCGUGGGACUUCCAAGCGGAGGAGUGCGCCUUGCGCGAGGGCAUCGAAAAGUUCAACAGCCGGCGGUACGACAAGAACAAGAACGGCGACUUUGCGCCCGUGGACAACUGCCUGCAGAGCGUGCUGGGCCAGCGCGUGGACCUGCCCGAGGACUUCCACUACAGCUACGAGAUGUGGCUGGAGAGGGAGGUCUUCUCGCAGCCCAUCGAGUGGGAGGGGCUCCUGCAGGAGCAGUGAUGCCAGGGUGCGGGGGGAAGAAAAGACGGCUGCUGUGGAACGCACACGGUCGAGGCCGCCAUGAACUGAGGUAACGGUUCUUUAGAAACAUCCGGUAUCAACAACUUGAACUGCACCGGCACUCUUCUUAUGCAGUCUCUUUUUACCACGCUGGUGCUGGUUGGACUUAUGUCUACCACAGUACGUGUCUCCAGUCUAAAAGCUGGACAUUUCUCAUACCUUUUGUCUUUAUCAUUUUUCUCUACAUUUAACUCACACAGCUUGUUGGUUGGUUGAUUGUGGGAGUUUAAAAAAUAUAUUUUUUAGGGUGGAGAAAAGCCUUUUGACAGUCCAAAUAAGUUGGAAGGGAUUGAAUGUGUUGCCAAAACAAGACAUCAGCUGUAGGAGGUAAAUUGUAUUAAUUUUCUACAUCGAGGAGGGCCACAUUUUUUUCCACAUAUAGAACAAUUAAAGUGUGGGGGGCCAGUUUGAUAUUCUUCACAUCUUUUAGUAAUCAAACACUAUGAUUAAUACAAGUGUUAAUAUUUAAGCAACCAAAUUGGCCUUUUAAGGGCUUUAACAUACCCGUCUUACUACAGAAUGAAAUGGAACUUUAUUGUCAUUGCACUUAAAAAAUACAACGAAAUAUAGUUUUCAGUACAACCCGACCAGUACAGUAUAAGGGGUAGACAGAACUGGAAGACUAAUGAGUCGCCACCAGGGCGGCGCCCCGUAAAAAAAGUAGAGGAAAAAGGUAAACAUGUGAGGAGGAUUAGGGAAAGAUGUGGGGUGUCGGGUAUGUGUUUUCCGUGUGUGUUGCUCGCUCUUGGUGCUUGCAGAACGUUCUCGCAAUAAUGCAGCCAGUCAGUCCAACAAAAGUCAACAAACAACAGGUGUGCGUCCAUGAAAGUCAGGCAAGUCAUUUCUAGCUUCUUCGAGACAAUGUCCUCUAUUGGAGUCCCGUUGUAACAACCUUACGGAAUCGUUCCAGCAGGGAAAACAAUCCAGAUUAGAAUGUAAUUCAAACGUUUCACUCUAUUCACUCCAUUCUUGGUUCUCAAAUUCAUCAUAACUUCGCCUUGCAGAGUAGACGGCUUCUCCAAGAUGUUGUUCGAUUUCCGAUUUAGGCCCAUCCAUCCAUCCAUCCAUCUUCUUCCGCUUAUCCGAGGUCGGGUCGCGGGGGCAGCAGCCUAAGCAGGGAAGCCCAGACUUCCCUCUCCCCAGCCACUUCGUCCAGCUCCUCCCGGGGGACCCCGAGGCGUUCCCAGGCCAGCCGGGAGACAUAGUCUUCCCAGCGUGUCCUGGGUCUUCCCCGUGGCCUCCUACCGGUCGGACGUGCCCUAAACACCUCCCGAGGGAGGCGAUCAAGUGGCAUCCUGACCAGAUGCCCGAACCACCUCAUCUGGCUCCUCUCGAUGUGGAGGAGCAGCGGCUUUACUUUGAGCUCCCCCCGGAUGACAGAGCUUCUCACCCUAUCUCUAAGGGAGAGCCCUGCCACCCGGCGGAGGAAACUCUUUUCGGCCGCUUGUACCCGUGAUCUUGUCCUUUCGGUCAUAACCCAAAGCUCAUGACCAUAGGUGAGGAUGGGAACGUAGAUCGACCGGUAAAUUGAGAGCUUUGCCUUCCGGCUCAGCUCCUUCUUCACCACAACGGAUCGAUACAGCGUUCGCAUUACUGAAGACGCCGCACCGAUCCGCCUGUCGAUCUCACCAUCCACUCUUCCCUCACUCGUGAACAAGACUCCGAGGUACUUGAACUCCUCCACUUGGGACAGGGUCUCCUCCCCAACCCGAAGAUGGCAUUCCACCCUUUUCUGGGCGAGAACCAUGGACUCGGACUUGGAGGUGCUGAUUCUCAUCCCAGUCGCUUCACACUCGGCUGCGAACCGAUCCAGCGAGAGCUGAAGAUCCUGGCCAGAUGAAGCCAUCAGGACCACAUCAUCUGCAAAAAGCAGAGACCUAAUCCUGCAGCCACCAAACCAGAUCCCCUCAACGCCUUGACUGCGCCUAGAAAUUCUGUCCAUAAAAGUUAUGAACAGAAUUGGUGACAAAGGGCAGCCUUGACGGAGUCCAACCCUCACUGGAAACGUGUCCGACUUACUGCCGGCAAUGCGGACCAAGCUCUGACACAUUUACCGAUUUAGGCCAUAAACUACAAAAAGUCUCAGUGCUCACAGCUCAGUUCAUUCUUAAAUCAUUUGUGGCAGCGUUGGGGUACCUUGAACGACUGCCAGCAUCUUCCAAUUUGUCAAUACACCAAGCGGCAAAUUUCCUGUUGUCAUGAUUCCAAAUAGGUAGAUGUCUUCAACGUCCGCGAGUGAAAGAAUUGCCAGGCACACGGCACUCCGCUUCUCCCAAGAGUCCAUCAUGUGUCCAGCAACAAACGUUCCGCCUCUCGUUGAGAAGAUCUUGUCAAUUUGGACGGGAGGACAUUUGAUCAAUUCCAUUGUGUAGAUUUUGGAAAGCAGUGCAAAAAGAGGCUCCAAGGAAGUUAAGAAGAAAAAGUAAACAAGGGAAAGAAGCAAAAGCAGGAGAGAUAAGAGAGAGGGAAGAGAAGUGUCUGCCUUAGUUGCGAGCCAGAGAGAAAGCCACAUCUAGGUACUAUCCUGGCAAAAAUGUAUACACUUUGGAUAAAAUCUGCUCACCUGAGAGUGAGAAAUACAAGCAAAUGGCUCUCGGGCUUCACCCAUGCUCUACUUGAUUUUAUCCACAUUCAAUAAUAUAUCUUCCUGACAAGAGCACAAUAGAACAGCACAAUUGUCACAAUUCAAAUGUAUUUUUUUACAAAAAUAAGAGCCCUCAAGCUUUUAUGAGCAAUGUGCUCUACGGAAGCACACAACCAAGCACAGAGGACAAACCAUUUGUCCAUUGUUUGCCUCAAGAAGUCAUUCAUCCAUGUGCAAGUGAAGCAUGACGGCUCUUUGUUUGAUCAUUUGUCAUCAUGAGGAGAAAACGUGUCAGAAGAACAAUAUAUACUUGUAGAGUCUCAGGUUUACGCGGGUAAUUUAUUGCAAAGGUUUUAUCACUUGGCUCAAGAUGAAUAACCCCUCAUUGUUGUUAUUUCUGUGCCAAAUAGGACUGCCAUUUUUAUUCAUUUCUUACUAUUGCUUCCAUAAUCACAUGUUGUAUUUCAUUCAAAAUGUUAUUUAUUUUCUACUUUUAAAAAGGUUUAUGAAAAUAGGUAUUUCUGGUCUCUGGUAUACUAGGUUACCAGUUAUGUUAGAGAAAGUUUUUAUUGUAUGUGUAAAAAAAAGAAAUACUCUUUGUUCAGGGUAACGUGCAAUUACAGAGCACUGAAGGCUUUAUUCAAAAUAAAGACAUACGGUUCCUUAUUAAACAAUGGGAAAUAUGACGGUUUUUGGCCUCUUCUUCUGCGGACACAAAAAAACAUUGUGUUUGCAGUGUGUUAUGUACGUGCAGCACAGUAACAACACAGUGUUGUUUCGUUAUCACCCUUUAUUCAACUGCCACUUGUUACGACAACCGUCACACUUGACGGCCAACCUUAAAGCAUACUUGCCAA